AUGUACACUGAAACCUCCGCACUUGACAAGGCUGAAAGGGGCGAAUGUCAAGAGAUUGGGAGCCACGAGGAGGAGGAAGCGAGACAAGCCAACGGAGAAAAGCAGGCCUCUGGGCCCUUCGGGCUUGCCCAAGUCAAGAACUACGACCGCCGCUUCGCUUUCUAUCCGGGGUUUGCAGUUGAACGGUCACUUGCCCUGGAGUUCCGGGCAGAGGGAAUUUCGCAGCUCAGCAUGGAGAUCCAGGCUCUCAGGAAGGAGUUGGACUCGGCCGAUGCGAGCAAGCCGCCGAACCAGGCUCUGACAGACAGUGCAGAGAAGCUGCCAAUCCUGAUGUCCAGACUUGCCGCAAGCAUGGCACAGUACGGUAGGAUUACGACCCAUACCGCAGAGUCAUCGAUCCCGCAGCUGAUGUCGAAGCGAAAGAUGCUGCCUGCGUGUAUGGGAAGAUAG